CAACAUCCUCACCCAGCGGCCAUUGGCCGCACAGGCUGCCGUUCGUGGCCUCUCCGAAUCUCCCCCGCAAGGAAGGUUUGAAAGCUGGGCGGGUGGCAACCCUCGGUGACAGGAUGGUUGAAGAUAGUGGAGUCUCUAACUCAAGCAUUGAGUUUUGGCUGAACAAAACUCUUGAGUGGGAUCAGAUCACUACUUUAGAAUCUCAGCAAGAUGUCUGCCUUCACUUGCCUGAAUUACAGGAAUUUCUCCUGCAGAUUUAUGGAGCUUUGAAACAUAUGAGCUCAACAACGGCAGUCCAAACAUUUCCAUUAAUUGGUCAGUUAUUGGGAAGACUUUGUUGGAAUCCUUUUGUUAUUGGUUACGAUGAAUGCCAGAAGAUUCUGAUAUGCUGCUUAUGUUGUCUGUACAGUGGUGAACCACAGAACCCUCUGGAAUUGAAGGCCAACAGCUGGAUACAAAAGUCAUUGUGCCAUCUGCUGUCCAUUUGUGGAAUGGGAAAUCAUCAUACUGAUAUUAAUAAGUUUAUUUCAACUCUUGGCUUCACAUCAGUAGAUUACUACUCUAAACUCAUUGAAAAUAUAGUCUCAUCAUUAGUGGCGGAACUCCACGGAACCCAGGUUAAUGGAUUUAACAGUCAACAAAACAUCUCUUGUCGAGUAACCUCCAUGUCUCUUCUCUGCGUACCUCUUAUAACUCUGCCUGGUAUAAAACCACUUAUUGAAGCUCUCCUUAACUAUCAUGAUCAUGGACCAGAAGAUGUGCUUCACUCUCAGUUUUUAGAAGCAGUGAAUGAGGCUAUAUUACAGAAAAAUAUCUCGUUAUCUGAAACUGCUGUCCUGCAAUUAUGGCUUCGUCACCUUCCUAGUCUGGAGAAGGCAGUACUACGAAAUAUUGAAGAAUUAAUAUCCAGUCAAACAAAGUCAAUGCAAGAGAUGGCAUAUGUGAUAAAAGAUUCUUUAUUGCACCGAGCUGCAUGUCAUCCAGCUGUCUUCAGAACUAUUGAUGAAAUUUUCAAGAAUGCACUGCUGGAAACUGAUGGAGCUCAAGAAAUAAUGACUGUAAUGCAGGUGUUUACACAGUGCUUUGUUCAAGCUUACCAUGAGAAUAAUAAGCAGCAUAAAUUUCCACUGAAGGCCUAUUUUCCUCAUAAUCCACAUUCACUUGUGAUGGCUCUUCUUAAAUCUCCUUCAGAUUUGCCUGAUAAUGGUGUAUAUCAGCAUUUAGACCACCUUGCUGGAAUGCUCAAAACAACAGUAGAGAUCAAAGGCUCUGAGUCUUUGGAUGAACUCUUCAACAAUUGGUUUUUGUUGAUUCACUUUGGAGAAUGGGCUGAUCUUACAGCAAAGCAAUUGCUGUUGUCACAAGCAGAGUCUUCUAACUUGUUGUGGCUUUUGGUAUUUUACUAUAGUCCAAACAACAUGAAUCAGCAGAGAACUCAAAUAAUGGUAGAAGCUAGAUCUGCAUGUGACUAUCUGACAAGCCUUUCAAGGAUGCCAACCAUUUCUGUUGCAGACCUACAAACUUUAUUCAACAGCAAAACCACUCUAACUGCAACUAAACAUAUUGUUACGCAUCUGAUUAUCAGCUUUGUGCUAUUUACUCCUAAUGGACACAGCAUAGCCAGAGAAUUUAUUGCCUACAUUCUAGCUGAAAGUGAUGAAAUCCCACAAGUAACUGGACUUCUUACCCAUAUCUCAAAUACAACUAGCCAUCUUGGAGUGAAAUAUCAAUGCUCUGUAAAGCUAGCAAAUGAUCUGCUCCAGGAAUUCCGAUAUAGUGCUUAACAAUUCAGAAUUGUGGAAAAGAGAGAAGAAAUUACUGUUUCUUGCAGUAUUACUUGUGGAGCUUUCCUAGAUCACUAAGGGACUCAAGUUGCAUUUUUAGAUUGCCGUUUUAAGGAAAGUUAGAAAAACAGCCUGUUAGGAGGUACCUCAGGUGCUCCUAAUUCAGAACCACAUGUGCUGUUUCCUAUCAAGCUGUCUCAUGCUUGAAAAUUUGACACACACACCCUUUUUUAAAAGACAUGUUCAUAGUUGCAAUUUAAAUGCUAUCUUAACAUUGAUUCUGGGAAUUUGCACAGGGGUGGUCCAUUUAAUACCGAAUGCCAGAACAGUUUCCCUUGCUUUUUCUGGCUGUAUUCCUUCAACCGACUGUCUGAGUCUAUAAAAGGUGUUAAAAGCCCUUGAGCUGCUUUCUGAAGGGCUUAAGUAUACUCAAACUGACUAGGCCCUUUUAAUGGCCAGCAUUCUACAAACAUCACAACUGUGACUGAAGUCUUGCAUCCCCAUUGCCAUCCUGCCAACCAACAAGCAACCUAACCAACUUUCAAUUGACAAGCAGCAAUCCUUCAGUAGUUGAUUUCUCCCUAGGCUUGUCAUUUUGUUUUAAGCAAUAGUAAAGUAUAGAAAAAAGGAACUGUUUUACAAAACAGCUAAAGGUUUUGCUUUUCCACAUUAAAUUCUCUUAUAAUUAAUCAUAGUUCUCUUUAAUUGGCUAAUGAAAAAUAACGACCAGACUCAAAUUAGCCUACUUUGGAUACGUUACAUAAAGACCUAGCUCUCUGAAGGCGGCUCUUCAGAGAGCUAGAGAAAGGUGGAAAGGGGGAAAAAAACCAAACCACCACCAGCAAGCAAAGUGGAUGGACUGACUUACAGUGGCAAUGAGUUUAUCUGCUGGAAAGCCUGAAGCACCAGAUUAGGGACAGAUUGUCAAUCAACCUGUCAGAUUCUCUUGGGCUCUUUUUGGGAGGAAGAACACUAUAGAAAUAAAAUAAUUAUCACAGCAUGAGAAGAACUGGAGGAAAACAUAAUGUCUGCAUUUGGAUUAAGAAGGUGUGCGUUGUCACUCAUCUUCCAUGCAUUAAGUCAGAAACACAGUAUAUACAAAAGCACUAAAUAUCUGUCAUUUAAUACUUUAUAUAUUCUUAAUAUGUUUUAUGAAGGCGGGUUAUAUAGUCUUAUUUUUAUAUCAAA